UCCGUCACUUUUCCAGCGGGGCACCCAGGACUACACUCUCUGCGCCUGCCUGCUAGCUAGUUAGCGGUACACACACACACACACAAAGUUGUUUCACGUUGCUCAUACCACGCUGAAGACGACACUUUUUGCGAGAUCAACAUGCCAGCGGUGUCUAAAGGGGACGGGAUGCGUGGCCUGGCUGUCUUCAUCUCUGAUAUCAGGAACUGCAAAAGUAAAGAAGCUGAGAUCAAGAGGAUAAACAAAGAACUUGCCAAUAUCCGUUCAAAGUUUAAAGGAGACAAGGCUCUGGAUGGCUACAGCAAGAAGAAGUAUGUGUGCAAGCUGCUCUUCAUCUUCCUCCUGGGACAUGACAUUGACUUUGGACACAUGGAGGCUGUUAACCUACUCAGCUCCAACAAAUAUACUGAGAAACAAAUAGGUUAUCUUUUCAUCUCGGUGCUGGUGAACUCCAACAGUGACCUUAUCCGGCUAAUCAACAAUGCCAUUAAGAACGACCUGGGCAGCCGCAACCCCACCUUCAUGAACCUGGCCCUGCACUGCAUUGCUAACGUGGGCAGCAGGGAAAUGGCAGAGGCCUUUGCUUCCGAAAUUCCACGGAUUUUAGUGGCAGGGGACACUAUGGACAGUGUUAAGCAGAGUGCAGCUUUGUGCCUUCUCAGACUUAACAGGACAUCUCCUGACCUGGUGCCUAUGGGAGAGUGGACAGCACGUGUGGUCCAUUUAUUAAAUGAUCAGCAUUUGGGGGUGGUAACAGCAGCCACGAGUCUCAUAACCACUUUGGCACAGAAGAGUCCCGAUGACUUCAAAACCGCCAUCUCAUUGGCUGUGACCCGCCUCAGUAGAAUAGUAACUUCAGCAUGCAUAGACUUACAGGACUACACAUACUACUUUGUUGCUGCCCCCUGGCUGUCUGUCAAAUUGUUACGUCUUCUACAGUGUUAUCCCCCGCCUGAGGACGCUGCUUUGAGAAGUCGCCUUACUGAGUGCCUGGAGACCAUCCUAAAUAAAGCCCAAGAGCCACCCAAGUCUAAGAAAGUGCAGCACUCCAAUGCAAAGAACGCUGUACUGUUUGAAGCCAUUUCUCUCAUCAUCCACCACGACAGUGAGCCCACUUUGUUGGUGCGAGCUUGUAACCAGCUGGGUCAGUUCCUGCAGCACAGAGAGACUAACCUGCGGUACCUGGCCUUGGAGAGCAUGUGCACACUGGCCAGCUCUGAGUUCUCCCAUGAGGCCGUCAAGACCCACAUGGAGACAGUCAUCAAUGCCUUAAAGACGGAACGAGACGUGAGCGUUCGCCAGCGUGCUGUGGACCUGCUCUAUGCCAUGUGCGACCGCAGCAACUCCAAGCAGAUUGUGGCCGAGAUGCUGAGCUACUUAGAGACAGCUGACUACUCAAUCAGAGAAGAGAUAGUGCUCAAAGUGGCCAUCCUGGCAGAGAAAUACGCUGUUGAUUACACAUGGUACGUGGACACCAUUCUCAACCUCAUCCGUAUCGCCGGAGACUACGUGAGCGAAGAGGUGUGGUACAGAGUCAUACAAAUCGUCAUAAACAGAGAUGAUGUGCAGGGCUAUGCAGCUAAGACUGUCUUUGAGGCACUACAGGCCCCUGCUUGCCACGAGAACCUAGUUAAAGUUGGAGGCUACAUUUUAGGAGAAUUUGGUAACCUGAUUGCUGGUGACUCCCGCUCAAGUCCUCUAGUGCAGUUCAAUCUCCUCCACUCAAAGUUCCACCUGUGCUCCGUACCGACCCGGGCCCUGCUGCUGUCCGCCUACAUCAAGUUUAUCAACCUGUUCCCUGAAGUAAAGGGCACCAUCCAGGACGUGCUGCGCUCUGACAGUCAGCUUCGCAACGCCGAUGUGGAGCUCCAGCAAAGGGCAGUGGAGUACCUGAGACUCAGCUGUAUCGCCAGCACAGACAUACUGGCCACAGUCCUAGAAGAGAUGCCUCCGUUCCCAGAGAGGGAGUCUUCAAUCCUGGCCAAGUUGAAGAAGAAAAAAGGUUCUAUGAAUGUUCCAGACAUCGACGAUUCGAAAAAGAACAUGAAUGGCAAUGGAAAUGUAGAGCACAACAACAACAAUGAGCCCAAUGAAGUCACAACCAAGUCCCCUGCUGCAGUGGUGGCUGCUCUUAUUCCUACCAACAGACCACGCCCUACAUCUUCUAGUCCCAUCAUGCUCUCUGCUGGGAUUAUGAGUGCCUCCCACCCCUUCACAGACCUGUUAAACCUGAACUCGCCACCGGCUUCUGGAGGGGGCAGUCUGCUAGUCGAUGUGUUUUCUGACUUCUCCAGCCAAGCUCCUGCUGAAAUGUCUGAGGAAAACUUUUCUAGGUUUGUGUGCAAGAACAAUGGUGUUCUAUAUGAGAACCAACUACUGCAGAUUGGACUCAAGUCUGAGUACAGACAGAAUCUGGGUCGAAUGUAUGUGUUCUAUGGAAACAAGACUUCUACUCAGUUCAUCAGUUUUACUUCAUCAGUGAGCUGUACAGACACACUCAAAGCUCAGCUGAUAGUGCACGCUAAAGCAGUGGAGCCUGUGAUUGAGGGAGGAGCUCAGAUGCAGCAGAUCUUCAACAUCGAGUGUGUCUCUGAUUUCACUGAUGCUCCGGUGCUCAACAUCCAGUUCAGAUAUGGCGGAGCUCUCCAAAACAUUGCUGUCAAACUCCCUGUGAUGCUCAACAAGUUUUUCCAGCCCACAGACAUGACAUCACAAGAAUUCUUCCAGCGCUGGAAACAGUUGGGAGCUCCUCAGCAGGAAGUUCAGAAAAUAUUUAAGUCUCAGCACCCUAUGGACUCUGAUGUUACAAAAGCCAAGAUCAUAGGUUUUGGUGUUGCUCUCUUGGAUGGAGUUGAUCCAAAUCCUGCAAACUUUGUUGGGGCAGGAGUCAUCCAUACAAAGACCACUCAGGUGGGCUGCCUGCUCAGACUGGAGCCCAACACACAGGCACAGAUGUACCGCCUGACCCUGCGGACCAGUCGGGACUCUGUUUCUCAGAGACUCUGUGAUCUCCUCUCAGAACAGUUUUAGACAGUAUUUCAGCGCCUUUACUCAGCUAGUAUCACUUUAGAGCAAUUUAUGUGUUGUACAGUGUAAAGUCUUUUUUAAGUUCAUUUUAGGUUGUGUGAAACAUGAUUUGAAAUUGAAAUGUAUUUUGUCUCAGCUUUACUAAUGUGCCACUGCUUUAAACCUGCCUGUGUACUCACACUGUGAGCACUUUAGCCGACAGUCGGUGACAGUGCACGGAGCAUCUUUGUGUUCUGAAGCUCCAAUGUUUGCAACUCUUUAUGUUUAAGAGGAGAGCUUUAUACAGACUUGGAACAAACAAAAUCAAAUCAAACCAAUGUUGCACGCCAAAGGGUAAUGAUCUCUCCCACUGAACUUGCACUUGUUAGAUAGAAAAUCACACCAAUAGCUCACUAGACAUCACAUAGAUUGUAAAGUACGAUUCUUGUGACCGAGGCCUUUUUUUGCCACUUUAUUCUGUCCAUCUCAGGAGCAGGUGUAGAGCAGACUUACUGUUGAUCAGUCUCGUGUUACUGCCAACUAUAGAACAUAUUUGGAUGUUCUGUGCAUUAAUCCAGGGUUCUGCAGAUAAUGAAACCACACUAAGUAGCAGCUGGUGAGUGAUGUCUCCAGAUGCUGGGCCUAUUUCUGACACAGUGGUGCCUUUGUAUUGGAAGAGGAGUCUUUACUGUCCAAGAACUGCUACACUUUUACACUAAUGCCUGAAUGCAUCACAAAGAGCACUGCCAAACUGCUAAAGUUUCUAUAUUUCUAUGUUUUAUAAAUUGUAUACUUGUCUUA